CAGCUUUUCAUCUUUUUCCUCUUUAAAAUGCUAAGGGGGUGGACUCUCGACUGAGUAAGGCUCAAACAACAACAACACAGACUCAAAACAACAACAACAGCUGGGCAAAAACACCAUAAACACUCAGACUCACACUCAACAAACUUAAAACAAAUCUCACAAUAAAACCCCCUCCCCUUCUCUGUCUCCAACCCACCAUCACUCAAAACCCAUCCAGAAUAAACACAAAACCAUCCCAUCUUGUAAGGGAGCUCAUCAUCAACCCAACCCCAUCAUGUCUCCACCAACCCAGUUGGUCGUUCUCCCAGGGACGCGUCAAACCGCACUCGGUCCCCUGCCAUCCUUCGUCAAGCCUGUCUCCGACUCCCCUGAACCCGACUUGCAACGGGCCAUCAAAGCCGUUCUCAAUGCAAAGAAAGUCGCCGUCGUCGUUGGUGCCGGCAUCUCAACCGCUGCAAACAUUCCCGACUUUCGCUCUUCCACUGGGCUCUUCGCCUCGCUCAAGGCCCGAUUUCCCAACGCCAAACUGACCAGUGGCCGCGAUCUAUUCGACGUUAACGCCUGGAAAGAUCCCGACACUUUAAGCCUUCACUUUGGAAUGCUCGCCGAACUCCACAAGAUGUGUGGUGCCGCUCAGCCGACUGCCUUCCAUCAGUUUUUAAAACGUCUGGAUGAUGAUGGCAAACUCAGUCGGGUCUACACUCAAAACAUCGAUGGAUUGGAAGAGAAAGUCGGCUUGACUUACGGGAUCCCAGGGCAGGACGAGAUCCAAAGCCAUUCAUCCCAAACUAGUCGCUCUCGUCGUUCAGACCCACCUUCGACCCCUCGAGAGCGAAACCUCAAACGAAAACGCGACGAAAAUGGGUCUGCUCAGCUGCCACCUACGCCUCGCUCGACCCCUCCCCCUUCACAAAGGUCUGAGUCAGAACCUAGUAAUUCGAGUAACUCCCAAAGUGAACUCGAUGAACCUGGCUCUUCACAACUAUCUACGGUCUCAACGAUCACAUCGUCUGACCAAAAGCCGAGCUCCCUCGACACACCGAAAUCGAAGCCAAGAACUCGAGCUGUUUCGGCAGCCGAGGCUGCUGAAGCCCCAGCCCCUCCUCGUCCUACGAGAUCUAAACCUGUCGAUCCCUUUCCUCGCGUGAUUCCUCUCCAUGGGACUCUCAAGAACCUUUCAUGUCUGACAUGCAAACAUUCCGUCCUGAUGUCGGAUUACAUUGGCGAACUUGCCGAAGGAGAGCCUAUCCUAUGCCCACAAUGCCAGUCGUUUGAUAACGCACGUGCGAUCUCUGGCUUCCGAACCAGAGGUGUUGGUCUCUUGAAAUCCGGUGUAGUCUUGUACGGCGAGGAGCAUAACGCUGGUGACCAGGUGGGCGCGGUGACGAGCCGAGACCUGAUGCGAGGGAGACGACCGGACCUCUUGAUCGUGGCUGGGACGAGUCUGAAGGUACCUGGAACGAAGCGUCUGGUGAAAGAGCUGAGCAAGGUGAUCAGGCCGCCCACGAAGACUUCAAGCGUCUCGGGAGACGAGGAGCAGGAGGAAGAGGAGAGCUCGAGCAGCAGCAAGAAGCCAGCGCCGAUCCACACGAUCUUCCUCAACAACGAGUUCCCCUCUCCGUGUGGAAUUUGGAAGGAGACCUUCGACGUCUGGGUGAAGGGCAACGUCGACCAGUUCAUCCAGCUGGUUGACGAGGAGAGGAAGGUCCAGGAGGAGCUCAAGACCAAGAAGGCCCAGGAGAAGCUCGAGCGGGAGCGCAAGAAGGAGGAAAAGCUCCGUCGCGGUGCUGGCUCAGCCGCCUCACAACCCUCCUCCUCGUCAGCAUCAUCAUCCGCCGUCGUCCCCGAGCCCUCCGCGUCAGCGCCGGUUACCUCCAAAGCAAGGACGACAACCACCGCCCCGGCUACAAAGCCUAAAAAGCUCAUCCUCAAAGUCUCGCCCCAAUCGACCUCCGCCAAAUCUGCGCAACCCAAACCAUCAGUUGCUGGCUACUUCAAGACCGGAAAAGCUUCAGUCGUUGCCUCGAAGCCUGUCGUUAAGAUCAAUAACCUCAAGAACCCGACGACCAUCAAAAUCUCUAAUAAACUGUUGUCUGCGCCUCCUGCUCCUGCAGGCAAACCUACUCCGGCUCCUAAAUCUACUCCUGCUACUCGGAAAAAGAAAAGCAACCCUCCCAGGAGAAACGUUAAAUGCGCUUGAUCCACUCUCCUGCUUCCUUCUCUUUUCAAGAUGCUUUUGAAAUCUUUUUUUUCAAUCUUCGGGUUUUGUUUUGUUACGGCUUCUCUUUUUUUUUGUCUCCAGGUGUCAGACAUUCUUAGCUUGUUUUUUUCCAUCUUGCCCUUCGCCUUUGUUAUUGUUGUUUUCCUUUCUUUUUUCCUUUAUUUUUUAUUUUUUUUGAUAGGUUAUUCACAAUAUAUAUCAUAAUUGAACACUCAUAAAAACAAUUGGCUAAUAAUUUGC